UUACCCAUAUCAGCACCAUGCAGUGGACAAGGGAAACGAGUGACCUGGUCCUGGCAGUGUAUGGCAUCACGCUGAUCACAGGCCUUCCUGCCAACCUGCUGGCCUUCUACACCUUCGUCCAAAAAGUAAAGCAGAACGCCAAACCCAUUGAUGUGCUCUUGCUAAGUCUCAACAUCUCGGACCUGAUCUUCCUCUUCUUCCUCCCCUUACGGAUGAAAGAGGCAGCCGACAUGAAAUGGAACAUGAGCUACUUCCUUUGUUCAGUGUCGAUUUUCAUCUUCUUCACCACCAUCUACAACAGCACCUUUCUCUUGACGGCUAUCGGUGUGGAGCGCUACCUCGGAGUGGCCUUCCCGGUCAGGUACAAAAUCAAGCGGAAUCCUCGCCACGUGGUGACAGCAAGCGUCAUGUUCUGGGUGAUUUCCAUUGUGCACUGCAGUGUUGUCUUUAUUGUGCAGUAUUAUUCCCCCACCAACACCACCAUUCGACUCAAGCAAAACUCCUGCUAUGGGGACUUCAACAAAGAACAGAUGACCAUCCUCAUGCCCUUCCGUCUGGAGAUGUUUGUGGUAUUUUUCUGUGUCCCUGUCAUCAUCUGCUGCUUCUGCUACAUCAACUUUAUCCUCAUCCUCUCCCGACUACCCAACGUCAAUCCCAAGAAGCGCUUCAGGGCGAUCGGGCUCGCUCUUGGCACUCUCCUCGUCUUCAUCGUCUGCUUCAUGCCCUACAACGUAUCCCAUGUGGUGGGUUUCAUUGGUUGGCACAGUCCAGAUUGGAGAGUGUACGCUUUGCUCACCAGCACCUUUAACGCCUGUAUGGACCCCUUUAUCUUCUAUUUCUCCUCUUCAGCACUCCGUGCAACGUUCAAACACUGCUUACAGGGACUAAUCAAAAGGCUGUCCUGCUGUCCCAAAGCUCUGUGUUGCCCCCAGAUGAACCGCUCCAGUGCUAAGGAGAACACACAAAGCUCCAGCGGCAGCUUUCACUAG